CUCAACUGCAAGUGCUGCAAGCUUUUUAGCACCUAAGGAAUCUGUCACACAACUUCGUUCCCCGUUUCUUCCUCAGCCUCAGCAGGGGCGAGUACAAGUCUUCUCCACGUCGCCCCAGGACUUCAGGGAGGCAGUAGAAGCUCUUGCAGCAGGUGGAUGUCCAUCUUUCUUGUCUACUCUAGCUGGGAAAAAGAAGGAUGCUUUAAGAGACUACUUAACCAUGUCAUUGGAACACAUUCACUUCCUGCCGAAUGGGUUCCUGAGCAUCGAGACCGUUGUCCAUUCCCUGUUGGGUAAACACGCAGCCAGUUUGCCUCUGGACGAGCAGAUUGCGCUGCAAGCUAUCAAGCAUUCCUUGGCCGAGUUGAGCCGAAGCUUUCCAGGUAUAGUGAAGAGCAUGGAGAAUGCAGAAGCUGAGAAGGCGGUGCUCGUGGUGAAAUCGAUGGAGGUCGAAGUGAGGUUGGCUUUUGGAGAACAAGAGCUGGCUUCCGUUGAAGCUGAGUUCUCCAAGGUUUUGGAGGAAGAGGAGAUUUUGGAUGCGGAAAUCCAUUCCUUGAUUGCCAAGAAAUUGGAAAUGAUUGGUGCACGUGUUGGCUUCGAAUAAUUAAACGUAUAGGAUAGAUGGAACCAGCCAUGUUUAAAUAAGAUAUACUAGCUGAACUCAUAUACACAUGAGUGGCUGGUGAAACUGAACUUAAUGUUCACAUAUAUGCAUAUGCUUAUUUUCGGCAUUGAUUCGAAAAAACUUGUUCUGCAAUUCGAUAUUAAUGAAAAUCCAACAAAUUCGUACAUUCAUCAUAGUUGGUAAUCCGACUCCCAUCACAUGCACAACAAGUGCGGUUAGAAACCGAAUAAGAAAAUUAAGAUUACCGAUCUAACUGAGGCACAGACUGAAUUGGAGAAGUUCGGUAGUUUUUCGUUGUAAGUAGUAGAAACAAUCUACAACCACUCAUUUGGCGAUAGUACAAGCCAUCCUCAUCCAGACUAGCAAGCAUUCAAUAAGUGAACAGAUUAAAA